CCCAGAUCCCGGCCUUUCCUCCACCGCGCCCAGCCUUGCACUCCCACGCUUGCUCAGCACCCCUAGCUCCUACGCCCCUAGCUCAUGCGCCCAGCUCUGCACCGAGCCCUGCAUCCCUGGCCUCUGCGCGCCUGCACUCUGCGCCUCACUGCCGGCCUUGCUUCCUGCACCUGCUCUGCACCGAAUCUGCAUCAAUCUCCAGCUCUGCACUGCGCCAGCCUUCCUCUGCACCGCGCCAGCCUUCCUCUGCACCAGAUCCCCUUGCCGCCUGCUGCGCCGAACCCACGUUGCUUGCACGCCUGCACUCUGUGCCAGCAUCAUGACCCUGCAUCGAGCCUUGCUGCACCCCUGCUGCUCUGCCUCUGCACACUACAGCAGCUCCAGACAAAUUAGCAUUAUUAUUGAUUGACAGAGCAAGGCUUUUUUAUUAUUUUGAUCUUUAUUUUAUCUUUUAUUAGGGUAUAUAUAUAGAGAAAAAUCAGAUUGAAAGGGGGGGUUUUGGGUUGAUUUUGGGUCUCUUUGCUGGGGAGUUUCGUCUGAGUUUUUGAGAGCAAUAGAAGGGGAUUUACUGGAGAAGAAAGGGGGCAACAACGGUGGUUGAGAGGAAGGAUCACCGAGCUUCCAGAGGAACUUCAUUUUCUGGUUUCAUUUUCUGGGUUUCAUUGCCUUAGGUAGACUACUUCAAGAAGAAAAAAAAAAUCAGGCAUGACAGUCUCCCUAUGUUUUCUCUCCCUUUGGAGCAAUACAUCAUCCAUCUAGAAGGCGGCCUCAACAUGCUUUUAUAAACUCACCAAGAUAUGAUGUUGAAGUGGACUUACACAUGAGACAAGUGGAUCUAGAUUCAAUAAAUGAGGGGGCAAAUCUAGGUCAUGGGGAAAUUUGAGUAUUAUUGCUCUUAAGGAUGAACCCCUAUUUGACAUGACCAUUACUUCUGCCUUGGGGGCCACUUUGGCCAAUUGGACAGUCAAGCUUUUCUUUGCUUCAUUCAUCCAUGAGUAAAAUAAGUCAGCUUUC